AUGUUCUGGGGCCCGCAGGAAAAUUGGAAACGGUACUACAACUUUGACCUGGGACACCCUUGGUUGCCUGAUGACCCCAGUCCAUUAAUUCAAACACUUAUGCCUGAUGAAUUGAAAGAGGCCCUAGUGGCAGGUUUAAUUGAUCAGCAAAUGAAUGAAUGGGAUCCUCAUAUUUUAUCUGACCUGUUUGAACCGGAGGAUGUGGCUCGUAUAUCUAGAAUCCUGAUUAGUUCAGAGUAUGAGGACUCAUGGUAUUGGCUUAGUGACCCAGGUGCUUUUGAUAAAUGGGUAUCAUUAUGGAAAUUGAAGGUUCCACCUAAAUGGAAAACCUUCCUAUGGAGAGCUUUGUGUGAUAUUCUCCCCACCACUAGCAACUUAAUUAUAAAGAGGGUAGAUGUGAACCCAACAUGCUCAAUGUGUGAUUUACAACAUGAAGAUGUUAUGCAUUCUCUUGUUCUUUGUGAAUACUCUAGACUUGUAUGGAAUGUUACGGAGUUACCUAUCACAAAUAUUUUGGCUAACUCGUUUCCAAUAUGGCUCAUGGGUGCGUUGAAUAUUUUGACAGAAGAACAAUGUGGUCAAUUGGUGGCUGUGCUUUAUUAUCUCUGGAAUGCCCAAAACACAGUCGUGUGGGAGGGUACAUUGUUCCGGGCCGGACAGAUAUGGCGACGGGUUGAUGCCGCCAUGCACACGUACGCCCAGCUCCACCGGCGUCUUCCUCACCCUUUGCCGACAUCAGCAUCUGCAGAACCGGAGCAGGUCCGCCCGAGGUGUUUUGUAGACGCGGGAUAUCGGCCGUCCACCGGAGAAGCUACAAUUGGCGUUGUAUUACUCUCGCAAACAGGUUCGUUUCAAGCAGCCACAAAUGGACAAUUGCCGGGAUGUUUUUCGCCGCUUAUGGCCGAAGCACUUGCAUGCAAUGAAGCAUUAUCUUAA